AUGAUGCCUUUUCAACGAACAUCUACACGUAAAUCCUUGGUAAUAACCAAAAAACCUCAACAUAGUGUAAAACGUAUUGGACGUGGAAUUCCAAUUGACGAAUUUAUCCCAAUAUAUCGACCAACUCGCAAUAAUGAAGCUAUAGCAACAACAGCAAAUACGAAUGAAUCACCUGAUCACCAUAACAAUCUUUCAACACAAGAAGCUUUUAUAAAUCUUAUCUUACAAACACAACAAAAUCAGAAAGAACUCAUCAAUACCAUAAUGGAAUCUGUAAAAGAACAACAAUUAGUUCAAAAAGAAUUUUUUAAAAAUAUUUUUGAUUCUCAAAAAGAACAACAAUUGGCUCAAAAUGGUUUUUUAAAAAAUAUGUUUGAUUCUCAAAAAGAACAACAACUGGCUGAAAAAGAAUUUUUUAAAAAUAUGUUUGAUUCUCAAAAAGAAUUUUUUGAAAAUACGUUUGAUUUUCAAAAAGAAGAACAAUUAGCUCAAAAUGGAUUUUUUAAAAAUAUGUUUGAUUCUCAAAAAGAACAAUUAAUUCAACAGCGAGUUACUGAUGAACAACAAUUGACUCAAAAUGAAUGUAUUAAAAAUAUGUUUGAUUCUCAAGAAGAACAACAAUUAAAAAAGGAUUGA